AUGGCAAUCGCCCCUGCUGUACGGCUUCGCAGCUGGUCGCUACCUACACGACUUCUUUCCUACAGGCGUAUCUCCAACAAAGCUUCCGACUUCGCCAACAGUAAAUUCUUUCAAGUAUCGGAAGAAGUCAAAGAUGCUAUAGCCACCGGCAGGCCGGUGGUUGCACUUGAGUCGACGAUAUAUACACACGGCUUCCCAUAUCCGGAUAAUGUAGCACUUGCGUCGCUACUUGAAUCAGUCGUGCGGAGAAAUGGCGGUGUUCCCGCGACCAUUGCAGUGUUCAAUGGUGUGGCUCSCGUGGGKUUAGAUGCCGAAGAGAUCAUUGAGGUGGCAGCUAGUGCUCAGUCGAAAAGUGCACUCAAAGUCUCACGACGCGACCUUGGCUACAUUUAUGGUCUAGGUUUUGCGGGCAAGCGUAUUCAUGGCGGCACUACCGUUUCGGGGACCAUGAUUCUAGCGCACCUAGCUGGUAUCAAGGUUUUCGGUACUGGUGGUUUAGGUGGUGUUCAUCGAGGAGCAGAAGUGUCGAUGGAUAUAUCAGGAAGAACUCCUGUUGCCGUGGUCAGCUCAGGUUGCAAGAGCUUCUUGGACAUUCCCAAAACUUUGGAGUAUCUCGAAACUGAAGGUGUCCUUGUUGGCACAUUUGCAGACAGCCGAAAGGGUCAUGUUGAUUACCCGGCAUUCUGGACUCGUGAUAGCGGUAUACCAAGUCCAAAGGUCAUUCAGAAUGAACACGAUGCGGCGGCCAUGAUCUAUGCCCAGAAUCAGCUGGGCUUGACGUCGGGAAUACAUUUUGCCAAUCCCGUUCCUGAAGAGUACUCUAUUCCCAAAGCUGAAAUGGAUAGAGUGAUUGACGAAGCAGUCAAAGCGGCCGCAAAAGAAGGGUUCCAUGGAAGCGACAACACGCCCUUUAUUCUCUCAAAAAUCAAAGAGCUUACUGGCGGAAGCAGUAUUCCUGCAAAUCGCGCACUUAUCGAAUCUAAUGUGCAGCGUGCAACAAAGGUGGCUGUCGAGUUGAAGAAAUUAGAAGAAACUCACAGGAAGCCAGAAAAUCGAUCGAUACCAGUGAGUCCUGCUCCAGCGCCGUCCCUUAGCUCGUCAGUCACAGCGCCGACGCAUGAUACAGGAAACGUAGAGACCGUGAACGAGCCAACAUCAACUCUUGGCAGCGUGAAAAAAGUAGACUUGCUAGUCGCUGGGUCACUUGCUACAGAUUUAUCCUGUGAUUUUACUCCUUUGAGUAGUCAAAAGGCUGCAGUCAGUCCGUCCGUGCAGACUUCAAAUCCGGCUACGAUUGAGCAAAGCCUGGGGGGUGUAGGCUACAAUGUCGCCGUUGCAGCGAACUAUAUUGGAAGCAAAACUCUUUUCUGCAGUGUGGUUGCAGAUGAUCUCAGCGGCAAAGCAGCUCUCGCCGCUGUUCAGCAUGAGGGUUUGGGAGCUACAGGUAUCCAGGUCUUGUCUCCUUCUCUAGGUGUGAGGACAGCUCAAUACGUUGCCAUCAACGAUGCUAGGAAAGACCUUUUCGUAGCCAUGGCGGAUAUGGCCAUCAUGGAGCUCCCAGAAAGUGAACUUGGUAUGGAAGGCUUCUGGGGCUCUGUGGUUGCACAGGCACGACCAAAUUGGCUUGUUGUGGAUGGAAAUUGGACCCCUGCCGUGAUGGCUAAAUGGAUUGAACUGGGCCAAAAGGUUGGGGCUCGUAUCGCCUUCGAGCCUGUGUCUACCGCGAAGGCUACGAGACUAUUCACACAACUAACAGAGGGGAAAACAUCUGGUAUCAUCGGACCUUCAGAUACCGUUCCUCGCGCAAAACUUGACCUUGCCGCGCCCAACGAACUUGAACUUAUAUCCAUGUACUCCGCAGCUCGUGACAAGGGAUUGUUUGACUCACCAGAAUGGUGGACUAUCAUCAACGAGCUCAACCUCUCUAGCGCGGGAUCUCGAGACUUGCUCGUGUCGGUUACGUGUCCGUCAUUAGUCGACGCUGGCAUUCCACAACAGAGCAUUCAAUUACUCCCGUUUAUUCCUUCCCUCCUCAUCAAAUUGGGAUCACAGGGGGUGCUCCUCACUCAACUUCUACCUCGCGGAGAUGCGCGUCUGACUUCGCCUGACUGUGCUCCAUAUAUAAUUUCUCGAUGUGCCUCUGCAGCAAGCGGUGGCAAUGAAAUGAUCGGAGGCGUUUAUAUGCGACUAUUUCCUCCCGAGACUAUCCUCGCCGAUCAAGACGUGGUAAGCGUCAACGGGGCGGGAGACACAUUGCUAGGAGUAGUUGUCGCAGGCCUUGCCAGCAACCACAAUGCAAGAAAGCAUAUCGAAAAUGUCAUCCCACUUGCUCAAAAGGCUAGUCUACGCACGUUACAGAGCAAGGGUGGAGUUACGGAGUACUUCCUAUCCGACCAUUGGCUGCGCUCCCCGCAGCGACUCUCUCUCUUCCUUUCUCCAAAGUCCAACCCGACUGACUUCGCACGAGACAAGACGAGCGACAGAGUUUGCGUCUCUUUUGCUCUGCCCCGUGCAUCUUCUCGCACACCACCCUGUGCUGCCAUUCUUUCCUCGUCUCUCGGCCUCGUUGCGCAACUCCUAGCAUUCCAACACAGACCAUUCUCCACUCUUCCAACUUUGAAUUCUCUGACUCCGUCGGCCCUCGUCGCAAAGUCCACCGAAAGCCCAUUGAACCUGCCAACCUCCGACGAUUCACGGCAAUUCAAUGAACGAAACCCCCGCGUACCGCGUCAAGUGAACAACAAACCCGUCUUUUCUGCCGUGCUUUUCGCCCGCUCGUCGCAUCAAGGAACAAUUGCCGGCGCGCGACACUCGUCAUCCCCGUUUGAUGACUGA